CUGUGCAAUAUUCUUCUACCAGCAACUGCACCCGACCCGAGUCAUAACAAUCGUCUAAAUAAAUAUUUUUGACCAAAGGUAAACUGGUAAUUAAAACCAGCCUUUGCGUGGAUUCUUGGUUUUCUCGAUAACCAAACAAAAAGGCUAAAUAGUCUGAAGACAUGUUUUGGAAAUUAUAAAUUCAUGGAGGAUAACACGGUUAUCAAUAUCCACCCUGCCGAAGAUUCGGUGAAAAUGGGCGAUUUUGUACCGAAGAGGUUUUUUUUGCCCAAAAUAUAGGGAAUGAUUCAACUGGCCGAAAAGGACGAACAGUAUCGCAUUUCCCGAAACGUGAAGUGACACAUUCACUCCCACGUUGGAUACUAGCUAGUCAGCUACGCCACUGUCCACAUAUUGCUAGUUAGUUCAUCACUACUCCAACCAUCUUCCGAUUAGGAUCGAUCCGCUACGGCUAGUAACAUCACCAGCUCGGCUGCUAGCUAGCUACUACUAGCUUGCUAAAUUAGGUAGGGUAACAUUUGUUGCCACCAACAACGUCAGUUCGGAACUUGGAAACAUUUCCAUCUGCCAAAGCAACGCAAGCUUGCUAGUUAGCGUUUGAAGUAUCUUUGGGUUCGUGCAUUUUGAGCUUUUUUUAAACUCUCGGUGUCCCGAAAGAGCAACCCUGCUAGCUAACGAUAGCGACUUGCUUCGGCAGCUGGAGACGGCUAGCUAGCAGCUAUCAACAUCUGUACACUGCCGAUGCAAUGGUCGCAUUGUUAACUGUUUUGGUAGAGGAAUGCUCAUUUGGUGGAUAUUCUGAGGCAGCGGGCCGCACAGAAUAUUGCACCUCUCAGUUCCAACCACAGGCCACACUAUAUACUGCUUUGAUGUGAGAAGUGGCCGUGAACACACAACGCUCACUGGCUGCAAGAUAGCGCACGAAGACCGGCAGCUGAAGCCAUGCAAGCGGCCCAGGUUCAGUACGACUUUUUCAGCGAGGAGAACGCACCGAAAUGGCGGGGGCUAUUGGUACCCUCCCUGAACAAGGUGCUGAGCCAGGUACAUCCCAAACUGUCGUCCCAGGAGGAUGCACUGCAGUACAUCGAGGAGCUGAUCCUACUGCUGCUCAGCAUGCUCUGCCAGGCACAGCCACGCAGCGUGCAGGACGUGGAGGAGCGAGUGCAGAAGAGUUUCCCUCACCCUAUCGAUAAGUGGGCUAUCGCCGACGCGCAGGCAGCCAUCGAAAAGAGGAAGAGGAGGAAUCCUUUGGCCCUGCCAGUGGAUAAGAUCCACCCGCUGCUCAAGGAGGUACUAGGGUACAAGAUUGACCACCAGGUGUCGGUGUACAUCGUGGCCGUGUUGGAGUACAUCUCAGCAGACAUCCUGAAGCUGGCAGGGAACUACGUGAGGAACAUCCGCCACUAUGAGAUCUCCCAGCAGGACAUCACCGUGGCCAUGUGUGCCGAUAAGGUUCUGAUGGACAUGUUCCACCAGGAUGAGGAGGACAUCAGCGGUUUCCCCCUGAUGGACGAGGAGCCGUCCACCAGCGAGGAGCAAACCUACUACGACCUGGUCAAGACCUUCAUGGCCGAGGUCCGACAGUACCUGCGCGACCUCAACCUCAUCAUCAAGGUGUUCCGCGAGCCAAUCGCCUCCGACGCCAAGCUCUUCUCCCACCAUGAUGUGGAGAACAUCUUCAGCCGCAUCGUGGACAUCCACGAGGUCACCCUCAAGCUGCUGGGCCUCAUUGAAGACACGGUGGAGAUGACAGAUGAGGGGAGCCCACACCCGCUGGUGGGCAGCUGCUUCGAAGACCUGGCCGAGGAGCUGGCCUUCGACCCCUAUGAGACGUAUGCUCAAGACAUCCUACGGACUGGCUUCCACGAUCACUUCCUCAGCCAGCUGUCUAAACCGCGAGCUGCCUUCUACCUCCAGUCUAUAUGCGAAGGCUUUAAGGAAGCAGUCCAGUACGUCCUGCCACGGUUACUCCUGACACCUGUCUAUCAUUGUCUCCACUAUUUUGAGAUCUUAAAGCAACUGGAGGAGAAAAGUGAGGACGAGGAGGACAAGGAGUGUCUGAAGCAGGCCAUCACGGCGCUGCUCAAUCUGCAGAGUAGCAUGGAGAGGAUCUGCUCCAAAAACAUGGCCAAGAGGAGGCUGAGCGAGUCGGCCUGCCGCUUCUACAGCCAGCAGAUGAAGGGCAAGCACCUGGCCAUCAAGAAGAUGAACGAGAUCCAGAAGAACAUUGAUGGCUGGGAGGGCAAGGACAUCGGCCAGUGCUGCAACGAGUUCAUCAUGGAGGGGACGCUGACACGCGUGGGCGCCAAACACGAAAGGCACAUCUUCCUCUUCGACGGCCUGAUGAUCUGCUGCAAGUCCAACCACGGCCAGCCGCGCUUGCCUGGCGCCUCGUCCACCGCCGAGUACCGCCUCAAGGAGAAGUUCUUCAUGCGCAAGGUGCAGAUCAACGACAAGGACGACAAGGAGGGCGAGUACCGGCACGCCUUUGAGAUCAUCCUCAAAGACGGCAACAGCGUGGUGUUCGCCGCCAAGUCGGCCGAGGACAAGAAUGGCUGGAUGGCGGCGCUCAUCUCGCUGCAGUACCGCUCGACGCUGGAGCGCAUGCUGGACUCGGCCAUGCUGCAGGAGGAGAAGGAGGAGCAAAUGAGGCUGCCCGGGGCGGAGCUUUACCGGUUCGCCACGCCCGACUCUGAGGAGAACGUGGUGUUCGAGGAGAACGUGCAGUCCAAGUCGGGCAUCCCUAUCAUCAAGGCGGGGACAGUGCUCAAGCUCAUCGAAAGGCUCACCUUCCACAUGUAUGCAGAUCCAAAUUUUGUCCGAACAUUUCUAACAACCUACAGGUCCUUCUGCAAACCUCAGGAGCUGCUGGGUCUUCUUAUGGAGAGGUUUGAAAUCCCAGAGCCAAAGCCCACAGAGGCAGACCAGAUGGCCAUAGAGAACGGAGACCAACCUCUCAGCGCCGAACUCAAACGAUUUCGCAAGGAGUUUGUCCAGCCAGUCCAACUCCGAGUACUGAAUGUAUGUCGCCACUGGGUGGAGCACCACUUCUAUGACUUUGAGCGGGACUGCCAGUUACUGAAGCGUCUGGAGGAGUUCAUUGCAUUGGUGCGAGGCAAGGCCAUGAAGAAGUGGGUGGAGUCCAUCACCAAGAUCAUCCAGAGGAAGAAGCAGGCGCAGGCCAACGGGCCCAGCCACAACAUCACCUUCGAGACCUCGCCGCCACCCAUCGAGUGGCACCUCAGUAAGCCGGGCCAGACAGACCAGUUUGACCUCAUGACCCUCCACCCAAUUGAGAUCGCCCGGCAGCUCACACUGCUCGAGUCCGACUUCUACAGGGCGGUGCAGCCAUCAGAGCUGGUGGGCAGCGUGUGGACGAAGGAGGACAAGGAGCUGAACUCUCCCAACCUUCUGCGCAUGAUCCGCCACACCACCAACCUCACGUUGUGGUUCGAAAAGUGUAUCGUAGAGACGGAGAACCUGGAAGAGCGGGCAGCGGUGGUGGCGCGUAUCAUCGAGAUCCUGCAGGUGUUCCAGGAGCUCAACAACUUCAAUGGCGUGCUGGAGGUGGUCAGCGCCAUGAACUCUUCGCCUGUCUACCGGCUAGACCACACCUUCGAGCAAAUUCCAAGCCGACAGCGGAAGAUUCUGGAGGAGGCCCACGAACUGAGCGAGGACCACUACAAGAAGUACCUGGCAAAACUACGCUCCAUCAACCCCCCCUGUGUCCCCUUCUUUGGGAUCUACUUGACGAACAUCCUGAAGACGGAGGAAGGCAACCCUGACUUCCUGAAGAGGCAUGGCAAGGAGCUGAUCAACUUCAGCAAGCGACGGAAAGUGGCCGAGAUCACCGGGGAGAUCCAGCAGUACCAGAACCAGCCCUACUGCUUACGGGUGGAGAGCGAUAUCCGGAAGUUCUUUGAAAACCUCAAUCCAAUGGAGGACAAGGCAGAGAAGGAGUUUGCUGACUAUCUGUUCAACAAGUCGCUGGAGAUCGAGCCUCGGAAUGCCCGGUCGUUGCCUCGAUUUGUGGGGCGGCGUCCGAGCGCCCUCUAUGGACGCAACGCCCCUGCUAUUAAGCCCAAGAAGUACAACUGCCCGCUCAAGUCGCCCGGCGUGCGCCCGUCCUCGGUGCGCCCGGGCACCAUGCGCCACCCGACGCCACUGCAGAACGAGCCACGCAAGAUCAGCUACAGCCGCAUCCCUGACAGCGAGAUGGAGAGCGCCGCCUCUGCGCCCAACUCGCCGCGCACGCCCCUCACGCCGCCGCCGGCCUCGGCCGCCUCCAGCUCAACGGACAUCGGCAGCGUGUUCGACUCGCCCCAGGGCCCCUCCAGCCCCUUCCACUCCAACUGCGACAGCAUCUUUGCCCCGGUCUCUUUACCACACGGCCCACGGUCCUCCUCAGUUUCUUCCAUGGUGAGUCUCCACAGGAGCACUGAAGACGCCACCGUCCCCCCGCCUGUGCCCCCUCGCAGACGCCCCGAAUCCGCCCCCGCUGAAUCUUCCCCUUCGAAGAUGAUGUCCAAGCACUUGGACAGCCCCCCCGCCAUCCCUCCACGGCAGCCCACCACCACCAAGGUCUACUCGCCGCGCUACUCGCUCUCGACUGAGCGUACCUCCUUAUCGGAGCCGCCUGACAGCCCACCCACACUGCCACCGCGGGAGCCCGUGAGAACGCCGGACGUCUUCUCCAGCUCCAACAGCCCCCUGCACCUGCAGCCACCCCCGCAGGGCCGCAUCCGCAGCAGCGAACCCACGCUGAGCCAAACCUUCUUCCCUCCCUCGCCGUUCGGCCCGCUCACCCCGCCACCACCCCCGACUCCCUCGCCCUCGCUGGGGCCGCGCAAGCACCUACCAUCCCCGCCCUUACCACUGCUGGGGCCCGGUGGCCCAGACUGCUGCGGCGACUCAGCCCUCCUCCCUCCGGGGGGUGCAGCUGGCCCCCCUGUGCCCCCCCGCCAGAGCACCAGCAGCGCUGCUGCCCAAGCCAUCCCCAAGCUCCCCCCCAAAACGUACAAAAGGGAGUCGGUGUCAUACCCGUCCCUUGCGCAUCGAGACGGCCCGCCCCUGCUGGAGAAUGCCAACCCCUUUUAAAAAGACUUGUGUAUGUGAUCUGGGGGAAAUUAUUGAACACUAAAGACUUGGACAAAAAACAACAUUAAUUGUGAUGUUGACUUUGAGAAGAAAAAAAAGACAAUACCAGUGUAGAUUCUUAGCUACCUGGAAAAAUAAUCAUGUGCCCUUAUAAAAAAAAUACUUAAACGAAAGAUGAUUGUCCUUUUUCAUUCGUGCAGACCAUUUGGAGAUUCCCUAUAAAAAUCAUUUUGGGGGGGGGGGGGUCUUACUGUUUUGUUUUAUUGUAUGUGUUUGUUUGUUUGUACAGUAUGUUGUUUGUCAUCGUCCAAUGUUUAUUUCAUUUUUAUUUUUUAAGUGAAUCGAUUGCAGCAUUACUUGUCUAUGAGCUCGGUGGCCUACCCAUGCACAUACAGCUUGAACCGUAGUAAACCAUGAACCAGGACCACACAAGUCCACCGCACGCUGGAGGACGGGACGAUAAAGACUGCAGCCCAGUUUGAUCAGACUCCAGGAGAAAUCCACAAACUUAAUAGUGUUUUAACUCCCUGUGUAUGGGCUAAACGAUCUACCAAAGUGGCCCAUAUUGACCAGAGACGGACCAGAGAGGACUCUAGCUAUCACGGUGUUGCAAACCCAUUCAACUCGCCCAUAACAAAUGUCUGUCGUUCAAUCCACCUCACUCAGAUGGAAAAAGGGACUUGGGAAAUCACGUUGUUAGAUAGUUUUUAAGGCUUAGAGACUCAGUCCGGAGCUAGCUUUUUUUUUUUUUUGUGCCAGUAGAUCGACCAGAGUACCAUGAUUUAAGGCAGGGUUUCCCAACCUCGGUCCUGGGUGCGUGUUUAGUUGUUUUUGCCCCAGCACUACACAGUUGAUUCAAAUAAUCAAAGCUUGAUGAUGAGUUUGUUAAUUGAAUCAGAUGUGUAGUGUUAGGGCAAAAAAAAUACAUGUGGGGGGGUCCAGGACUGAGUUUGGAAAACCCUGAUUUAAGGUACCCAUCCACACCAAAGAGGUACUUUUCAAGAAACACAAGAAGUGAUUGUUCUUAAGUUUGUGUUAGUACUUUUAUGUUCUGAUUCAUUUCUGCCAAUGAGUAUGUAAAGAUAAUUACGAUUUGACUUCUUUAAACAAGGGAAUAAAAGUGUUUCUACCACUCUAUGCAGUAGGUCCGCUAUGAAACUAGUGAAGAGCUGGCUACGGUCCUGAAUGCCCAGUUAGAAUAUAUUUGUUUAAUGAUUCCCUUCCUUCAAAAUGGUCACUGAUCUGACUGAAGCUAAUCAAGUUAUGUACUGGAGACCUUGCUCUAUCGGUAACAAAGAGUCUGUAUGGAAAUGUAGUUGCUAAUUGUUUACCUCAAACUUCAGCUUGUGUAUAUGCCCCAUACAUGCAAGACUCAUUUUAAGGUUUACAUUUGUCAUUUAGCAGACACUCUUAUCCAGAGCAACUUACAGUAGUGAGUGCAUAUGUUUUUCGUACUGGUCCCCCGUGGGACUCGAACUCACAACCUUGGCAUUACAAGCGCCGUGCUCUAUCAAAUGAGCCACGUUACAAUUUCUUAACUCAUGAAACCACACAAUCCUUAGUUUUAGACUACAAUAUGAUUUUGCUCAUGGGUGUCAGGAGAUAAGCCCCUUUCUGUCCAAUGAGGUCAUUUCUGGGCACGGUUCGAUUUACACAGGCAAUAUUUCUGUCAAUUCAGGGGACCCCUUUUGACUCAAGUGCACCAGGCAAACGUUCCGUAUAACCCCAUUUUAAAAGGAAGGAUGAAGGGAUGCCUUUUUAAAGCAUCCAAAAAGGGCCAUAGCAAAAUGCAGUUGAAUUGCUGGCGCUACCUAGAUGGCUAAAUAUGAAUGACUAGCCACAACAAAUUGUCUUUGUCCUUAUUUUGCUUGAUCAUGAAUACAAUACUUUUAAUCACAGGUAGACCACACUCCAGUCAAAUGUUACCAACUCACUAUGGAAUGGUCAUAUAUUAACAGUACAUCUUGAGUACACCACAUUUUAAUUAAGAGAACAAUAUCCUGUGACUGGCAAUAGUUUAUGUAUGUAAAAUCAAACUAUUUGGUUUAUUUGAAGAAGUGCAAGUGUUCCACCUUCAGGUUAUACUAUGGUUUGUUCCCUAGGGUCAAAAUGUGGGCUGUGAGUCACCCAAAUGGCACCCCAUUCCAGACACAGCACACUGCUUUUGAUGAGCCCGAAGUACCCUGGUCAAAAGUAGUGUACUAUAUAGAUUCCAUUUGGGACACACCCAAUAGCCUAAAGUAAUUAACCUGGGUUUGUCGUCUUCAUUGUAAUCAUUCUUGGCUAUUCUCCCAGGUUUCUUCCCAACGGACAAAGUGCCAUAGGGUCAUCCUGUCAGUUGCUUCCAAAAACAUGUUCUUUUUCUGGCCCAUACACUAUGUAAUGGCUGGAGUUUGAGAAUCAUAGAAAUCGAAUGACUAGAACAUGCAGUCACAUUCAAGUCACGUCCCGCGAUGGGUCAACUGACGGCAAUAUCAGUGUACCAAUAUCUAGGAAAGUAAUAAUGACCUUUUAAGGAAAGUUACUUGAAUUUAGAGACCAGGUUGUAUGUGUGUACUGUAUGUAUGUGAUCAUCUCAUUGACAGUGAGUCUGGUGUUUACCAGCAAUACUGUGAAAAAGCCUCGGCAAUAGAGACCUCUUUAACCCACAACACGUUGAUGCAGUGUCAGAAACAAUAAUUGUGCCACAUCGGUAAUAAACUUAUACUUACU